AUGUCGCCGCAAGAUACCUUCAUCGAUGAUGAGGAUGAUUCCUGCCCUCUCUGCAUCGAAGAGUUCGAUCUCUCGGACCGUAAUUUCAGACCAUGCCCCUGCGGUUACCAAGUAUGCCAGUUCUGUUUCAACAAUAUCAAGACGAAUAUGAACGGACUGUGCCCGGCAUGUCGACGACCUUACGACGAGAAAACGAUACAAUGGAAGGUUGUGACGCCCGAAGAAGAGGCGGAAUUUCGAGCGAACAUUACGAAAAAUCAAAAGAAGCGAGCUCAAGAGCAACGACAGAAGGAAGCUCAGAAACGAGAGGCCGAGAAAGAAAACCGAAAAAACCUCGUCGGCGUACGCGUUGUUCAGAAGAACUUGGUCUACGUAACGGGCUUGACCCCGACCGUUCGUGAGGACGAACUCACCAAGACGUUACGGAAGCCCGAGUUUUUCGGACAGUACGGUAACAUCCAGAAAAUUUCCAUUUCGAAUCGAAAGGGUGGCGAAGGACAGAAUCCUUCGCUCGGCAUCUAUGUCACUUUCGAGAAGCCUGAAGAGGCUGACCGCUGCAUCCGGGCUGUCAAUGGAUCACAAAACGGAGACCGUAUUCUACGAGCUCAGCUCGGUACAACCAAGUAUUGCUCUGCUUGGUUGAAGCAUGAGCAGUGUACUAACCGUGGAUGCAUGUUCCUGCACGAGCGUGGUGAUGAAGAGGACAGUUACACUAGACAGGAUCUCUCGUCCAUGAAUAGCAUUCACACCCAACGACCCAUCUCGUCCGCCAGCUCUUCGCGCGCCGCCCCUCGUCCCCAACCCGCACCGCCGCAGUACCAGGCACCUCAACUUCCUCCACCCCCAACCGCCCAGGCUGCUGGCCGACCGAUGAGCAAGGAUGGCUCCGAAGAGAACGGAACCGACGGGUCCGCCCUACCCUCUUCCGCGAACUGGGCGCGAAACCCACAGCGCAGCCGACGAGGUAGUCAUGCUACCAGCGGAGCUGCGCCUAGUCCCGCCAUUUCUGCUUCCUUGCCCGCUACGACCGAGGAAGCCGUCAGCGAUUCUCCUGCGCCAGAACCGGCAAAACUUGCCACUACUCAACAACAAAAGGACCGCAAGGCUUCGAAGUCGCCUGAGGCGGUUGCCGGACCCUCCCAACCACCGGCAAGGGCCGGUGGUAUCCCCGAAGAUGUCCUUAAGAGCAUCGUCAAGAAGCUCUACUCGUGGAAACUCCCCGAGAUUACUCCCGAAAUCAGCCAGUCUGUCGAGCUCUAUCCCCCCUUGUUCGACAUCCGUGGUGGUGAAAAGAGGAGGGCUAUGCGCGAGGAGGAGGCCCGUCUUGGUGGAGAGCAGGAGGAAGCCGUUGAAACACAGGAGCCAUCAGAGGAGGGUGAACCCGAGACGGGCGGUAGUCUCGCUCUCGGCGGCGAGCCUGAGGAGAGGGAAUCGACUCGGGACGGACAAGGAUUUGACCCUCGACGUGGUGGAAUUCAGCCACCUAUCCAGCGAUCCAGUGCCGAUGGUAUCUUCGGUCCUGCCCUCGCUCAGAACGCCAACCUGGGAUCUAUUGGAAGCCGCACUAUGACUCCCCAGCAGCAGGCUUACAUGCGACCCCAAAGCGCAUUUGCCGAUCACCUACCCCCUGGUAUCUCGGCCACCCAAUCCCUCACUUCUCUGAUGCAGCAACAGGGCCAUAGCCGCCAGUCAUCGAGGUUCAGUUUCGCCAACGAAAACGCCGGUGGCUCUGCCUCUAUCCAGCUCGCUGCCAACCCUAGGAUCAUGGCGCAGCAGAAGGCUAUGAUGCCCACCUCCUAUCCCUCCCAGCCGGGUAGCCAGUACUAUACCACCUCGGUUCCUGGCCCUCCCCCGGGCUUGAAGUCCACGGGAACUCCCCCAAGCAUGUUUGGCCAGGGACCGACCUUUGGCGGGUCGCCUUUCGGUGCAGCACCGAAAGACACGAACAGCGAUCUGUUGCAAAGCAUCAUUCGCGGAAGAGCUGCUGGGAAUGCCCAGGCUCAUGAUGCAGCAAAGCGUGAGUACAUUAAUUCUCCUUUUUCCAACCAGUACCCAUCUUCCACCUCCUCUACCCCAGCUCCUGCUUCGGGCCUCCUGGCGUCGCUCUACGGUAACCAGCCUGGAGCAUUCCAAGACUUUGGUUCAAAGCAGAAGAAGAAGGGGAAGAAGCACAGACAUGCUAACACUUCCUCCUCUGGGGGGAGUGGCUUAGUAGAUCUUGCGGACCCGAGUAUCCUGCAGGCGCGAAUGCAACACCAGGCUCAGAGCAACGCCGGGGUCGGACAGGGAUUGUUUGGUGGUCAGAGUCAAGAUGAUGAGUUGCCUUCGCUUGACGAAGCAUCCAGCUCAGUGGAUGCCCUGGUGGCAGAUGACGAUGAUAUGAGCCUCCCAACUAACCAGCAGACACUAUGCUCACUUGAGUCGUUCAUCCUGCCUUUGCCGACUCAGUCUGGACACCAGAGUAUUGGUCUUGGAGGAUUUCCCAUCCCAUCUAUUUCAGCUCCUCCAGGGUUGGCGUUUGGACCCGGUAACAUUUACGGGACUGGCCAAAUCAUCCCUAUGCAGCCCAUCCUCCCAGCUACCCCAACAAUGUCAGUAGCUACUCCUCCUGGGCUUCGAAGUGCUACUGGCAGCCCGGCGCCACGUAGUGCCCCUGCAGGACCAAAACAAGAAGCCUCCAAGAAAGCAUUGAACAAGGCCGAAGCUAAGAGCAAAGUCAGAGCGUUGGCAAUAGACAGCGGCCUAUCGAGAGAUAUUGCGUCGCAGUCGAGUGCCUCCAAAGGCAAAGCCAUUCUGCAGGAAGAAGACUUCCCCACUCUAGACUCGCUCAAGUCCGGUGCUCAGCAGGCUACGUCCCAAUCCUCCGCGAAGGCUCAUCAGGUUCCGACACCCAAGCCCGUUUUCGCGACUCCUAAGAAGUCGCAACAGGAACCAGUAGUAGCCUCGCCUGCCAAGCCCGAGAAAACUAGGCGCGCCGCAGAGAAGCGACCACCCAAGAAUACCUUGAAUAUUGCUGCGGCAACAACUGCAAAGAUGGCGCAGUCCAAGCCUGUCGAGACGGUCACGCCCAUCGAGAAGCCCAUGGUUGAUACCUCCGAGUCUUCCCCCGCUACUGGUACUGGUACACCCUCAUCCACUAUCCCAACGUCCGAUAUUCGACCCGGCACCCCAGCUUCCGGGGCUGGGCCUUCGACUGCCUCGAGCCUCUCGCGGGCGGGACCGAAGACCCUGAGGCUUGUGUCGACACCUGGCAUCGCUUCGGCGGGCAGUGCAAUUCCUGGCCUACUCUCCAUGGCUGGACGAGUCGUCCGUCCCGGUACUCCAACCAGCGAAAUGUUUAGUGACAGUGCGUCUCUCGUCUCGCCUUCUAUCCCGCCGUCGCGCGUCGGUUCCCCUCCGCCCGUUCCCGCAUCGAAGAUUGUCGGGUCUGCUGCCGUCCGAACUACCACGAAGAGCCAACAGCGCAAGCAACGCAAGGAGGCUCACAAGGGUAUGACGGAGGCUAUCGUUGAGGCCGCAAAGUCCGAAGUCGAGGUACACGCGCCUGUGGUGGGCCGUAAGAAGAAGCAGAAGAAGGAGAAGCCCGCCAAGGCGGCUGCAAAGGUGCCUGCGAAGGUCACCAAGGUGGACGGGGGCGAAUCGAGCAGCGGCGUCGCAGAGGAACGGGAUAGCAAACCCGCCACAACCGCAAAGGAUGUGAACAGCGCUAAGGAAGAGGAGAAGCCAUCCACCACUCCCCCUGUAGCCGCUACCAUGUCACCGGUCAAGAAAGGAAAGGAGAACAAAAAGGCCAAGGGUAAAUCAAAGGAAGCGGUUGCUCCAGUCCCGGAACCGGCUCCCCCUCAGCCAGAGCCUACCCUUCCCGAGCCCGAGAGACCCUUUGACAAGCUACAGCCGACGCCCGACUCAGUUUUUCGUCGCCUUGUUCGGGAUGGCUUGAAUCCUCACAAAAUCAGCAUGCUCCGCCCCUUCAACAGUCAUGCCAUUCGUCUCGAGGCUAGCGCGAUGGCCAGUAAGACUGGCGGUAACAUCGGAAGCCCCCACGACCCGAAGCAAUUCUGCAAGGACUUCGUCUCGAACCACGAGGAGAUUGUUCUCCGAGCCGGAAAGCCAAUCCGUCGUAUGGAGAAUGGCCAGCGCGUUCUCAUUACUCCCCACGGCGACGUGGUCCGCGGCUUGACCGAGGAAGAGGAAGAUCACUACUUGAUACUCCAGAACCGAGUCGCCAAGCACGCCAACGACCCCGUCGCCUACAAGAACGACCAACACAGAGUGCCUUCCGGCGAUUUCUCCAUCAUCCAGGGACGCAUGGUUGCCAACGGCCCUCCCAGCUUCUUCCCGCAGGGUGAGGACGACAUCCCCAAGUCGUACAAUUCCAAGAUUCGCCGUGAGGAGGCUAUCUCCUUCGCCAACCAGUUUGCCAUGCCCAGCAUGCGACUCGGCAACCGUACGUUCGUGGGCGAAAAGUGGCGCGACCAGCUCGAGGACGAUAACACGGCCGAGGUUAUGUACCGUCUCAAGGCAAUGUUUUACGACCAGAAGCCGAGCGAUUCUCAGAAGCAGCCGCGUGUUGGCGCUCUAUUCCAACCCAUUUUUGACGGAAGCAAACAGGAUGAAGCCGCUGCUAGAGAGAAGGAAGAGGCCAAGCCCCCAGUCAAGACUACCGACAAGACAGUCCCGACUCAGGCCCGUGGUAGCCCUAGCCCUUCCAUGUCCAGGAAGAAUCUCUUCGCCGACGAGGUAGACGAGAACCCCAUCAACGACGAGCACCUCCCGCGCUAUGGUCUAGAAGGCCGCGACACAUCCACCCCCAGACCCGCACCACCCCUCACCUUCGAAGAACUUGAAAAGGCGUUCUUCUCCUCGAAGAAGGAGGUCGAGAAGUACGAGAAGAUGCUCAACACUGUGAUUAGAAAGAAUAGGCGGAUCCUUCUCGGGCAAAAUCAUUGA